AUGCGGCACGAGGCAUUUUGGAGUGCCCUGGAAUACACCUGCCGAUUGCUGGGCAUCUCCACUGCAGCAGUGUUGAUUGGUGUGGGCGUAGAAACUCUGCAGCGAGGACAGUUCAAAAGCCUGGCUUUCUAUCUGCUUUUUUCAGGGGUUGCAGUUACUGUCUGUGAAGGCUUCUUCUUUAUCAGUUUGUUCCUGGAGAUGUGCUUCACAUAUGAACCUGAUUCCUUGGCACAGGACUGCUGGAAGCGAUCUAGACGCCCAGGAAGCUUCCAGAAAUUCCUGGGGUACACACUGCUGUCAGUGGCUUGCUUCCUGCAUCCCGUCCUUGUCUGGCAUGUCACCAUCCCUGGGUCCAUGCUGGUGCUCACCGCCCUGGCCUACUUCUUGCUGAGCAAGAGGAGGAAGAUCCCAGGGCACAAAGAAACGCAUUCUCAGGUGGGCCAGUACGAAGACCCCUCAGCAACCAUGGCAGGCCCAACCAUUGCUGGUGAUACUGAGCAGACCUACACCUUCCAUGGAGCCCAGAGGGAACAGCACUGCUCACUGCUGGGCCACAUGAAGAGCAUCUUGAAGGGCAGCAAAGACAGGAACCCAGCUCCAGCAGCUUCUGCCCAAACGGUGGCCCUGCCAGCCCCACGCAAGCAAGUGCACUUCCAGGAGAAGGUAGUGCAGAUCAUCCCCUCUGUCAGCGAGAGCGUGGAGGAUGUGGAGAGUGAGGCUGAAGAGACCACAUCAGACACAACACCCAUUCUCACUCCACCUGAUACCACCAUUAUCCUUGCUUCCCCUACCUCCACAGGCCUCUUUUGA